ACUUACGAUUUUUUAGAAACAAAGUCGAAAAGUACGCUUUCAAGUUCCAACCUCGCGGAAAUCCCAUUAAAGUGCCUUUCCAGCUGCUGUUCAAACAUCCGCUGACACGAUACAAUCGGAAUUAGCUGGAUACACAAUAUGCAUUUUUCUACAAAUCUAUCUUCUGCAGUGUAACAGAGGGCAAUUCCGUGAAUCUCUUUCUCACAGCUUCUCAAUUAUGUGGAGAGAUUCUGGCAGCUGGUCAUCAAAACGUUUUUCAUACCUCCUGUUGGAUGAGGGGGAGUUCUAUGUCCAAGAUUGGAUAGCAACAUGUGGGAAGGGUUCACUGGACAGUUCUCAAGAUAUUAAACCAUCAAGCGGGCAACUACAGAAAAUGAAAGGACGCUUGCAGUUAUGCUCUAAAUCAAUUUUUUUUGAACCUGAUAGUUUGUCUCUUCCAAUCAUCAGGUUUCCUAUGAACAAAGUAAAGAGUGUUGAAGCUUUAAAAGGAAAAUCACUCUUUCCUAAAUACAGCCAUGACAAAUUUGAGGGGAGGCAAGAAGGUUUUGUCCUAGAGGCAUCCUUAAAUGUCACAAUGAAGGAGAAUGGACUUGAUGCUCCCUAUAACUUUGAGAAGCAAGAUACUACAUGGUGGUUUUCCUUGGAAUUUUCACCAGUCCAGCAGUUUCUUAAGCAGGCUCAAUCCUUUAUCUCGAUAAAUCUUCUUCCAAACAUGGAACGAGACAUGAUCUUGUAUAACACAAGAGCUCAGAAAGAAGCUCGAGCUCAAUUUGACACCACCAACUUGGUGGAUCUAAGUGAGAAGAUCUUCCUUGAUGUGCCUUCAGCACAGGUCACUCCUCUUGUGCGGGAGGCAGGACGUCUGAUAAUUACUCAAACACGUUUAUACUUUCAGCCAAUGUUCAAUCUGAAUGAUGACAAUCCAGUACGCUCAGAACCUUUAAGUGCAAUUAUUGCAGUGGCAAGGAGACGACAUGCAUUAAGACAGGUUGGGCUGGAAAUAUUUUUCAAGGAAGAGGAUAAUACUUUUAAAAAUGUGACCGGAUCUGGGCUAGCUUAUGGAGCAAGCGCUUUCUUUACCUUUCAAAGUGUAGAAGUGCGCAAUAAUGCUGCUGCCAACCUGCUUGAUAAGAUUCAAGGACAAGCUCAUUUGGCAGUCAUAAUGGGAUCCUUGCUUGAAGCUGAAUCCCGUAUUGUGCAAUCAGUAGCCAAAGCAUGGCAGGAGCAUCAACUUUCAAACUAUGAUUACCUGAUGUACUUGAAUCUUGCAGCAGGGCGGAGCUUUUGUGACCUGACUCAGUGGCCUGUGAUGCCUUGGAUUCUAAGAAACUACAGAAGCAGGGUGCUUGAUUUGACUGAUCCUGAAUAUUUUCGUGAUCUCUCAAAGCCAAUUGGAGCUCUUAAUCCUGAACGGCUCGCUAUAUUUAAGGAUCGAUAUAUGCAGAUUAUUGAGGGUGGUGGCUCUGAUCCACCUUUCCUGUAUGGUACUCAUUAUUCCACACCUGGGUAUGUCCUGUAUUGGCUUGUUCGUGCAGCACCUGCUCACAUGCUCCGUUUGCAGAAUGGUCGUUUUGAUGCACCAGAUCGGCUUUUUGUUAGCAUGGAAGAAUCCUGGGAGAAUGUACUGAGUAAUGCUGCUGAUCUAAAGGAACUUAUUCCAGAAUUUUUCUGUUUUCCUUCUAAUUUUCUUCAGAUAAGGGAUAACCUGAAACUUGGAAUACGUCAAAGAGGAGAUCUUGUUGGGGAUGUUAUACUUCCACCAUGGGCAAAUGAUGCUGAUGACUUCAUCAUUAAACAUCGGCAAGCUUUGGAAUGCAAGCAUGUUUCUCAACAUUUGCAUGAAUGGAUAGACUUGAUUUUUGGGUUCAAGCAGCGUGGAAUGGCUGCUUUAGCGGCAGAUAAUUUAUUUCACCACUUAUCCUAUGAGGGCACAGUGGAUUUGGAAAAGAUAGAUGAUCCCGUUGAACGUGCUGGGCUUGAAGUUCAGAUUCAUGAAUUUGGGCAAGUGCCACAACAGCUUUUUCUGGAACCUCAUCCCACACGAUUUAAAUCCGAGACGGAAGUUGGAGAUACUUCAUUGUUACCAAUGCAAAUUGAUUUGAGAGCACUGAUAUAUAAAUUAAUGAGAAUAGUUUCAUCCAUUGAAACUGAAAGUGCUUUAAAUGAGACAAGAGGGGCAACAAGCCUGCUUGCUGAACCCAAAAAUAUAUUAGGUACAAAGGAUGUCUCGUCUACAUACCCUUUUGUUUAUAACCAGGAGAAGAGUUUCAGAAUCAAGAGUCUUCAAGAGCCUGUUGAUGAAAAUAUUGAUAUCAACUUGAAUGCACAAAACGGAGUCACCACUGCUAUCAAUGAUGGCUGUGGUCCUGUGUUGGUAAGAAAUUCAUCUCUGCAUAAUUGCAAUCAAACACAAAUUCAGGGUGUAGAUAGUGGGAAGAUGGAGAAUCAGAAAAGUAUAAGGCCUGAUGAAACUACGUUUAUAAGCUCCACCAGGGGAAACAGUGCAAGAGGGCAUAUUGAUACCAGACUAAACAACACAAAUGAGUCAAAGGACACUGGACAAUGUGAUUGUUCUUGGUAUUCUAUGUUAAGAAAGAAUUUUUCAGAGCCACAAUCUUUAAAGAUGCAUAGAGGAGCUGUUUGUGCGAUUGCCCUUUCAGAGGAGAAUGCAUCAGAAUGCCUUAGUUUGUUUUCUGUUGGGAGAGAUGGCUUUGUCAAGGUUUACUCCAUUUCAGAUGGUCUCCAACUCCGUUCUACAAAAUUGGGAAGUUUACCACUGUCUUCUCUAGCUUUGGCUAAAAGCACGGAUGCGUAUCCUGUUGUCCUUGCAGGAUCUUUUGACAAUUGUGUUUAUGCUUACUCAGUGGACUAUGGCCGUGCACUUGGAAAGGUCAGAGUGCAUGAUGAUACCGUUUCAUGCCUGCAAAUAAUUGAUUCUUCUAGUCAGAAAAUGGUCACAGCAUCCUGGGAUGCAACGAUUAAAAUAUGGAACAUUGAUGAAGGCAGAGGUAGUUGGGCAACAACUUUUGGUUCAUCUAAGAAGACACAAAGUGCCAGUAUGGAGUUUGUUGAACAUGAAGGAGCUGUACUUUGCUUGGAUGUGGGGUAUGAGAAUAGCAUUCUUGUAUCAGGAUCUGAGGAUGGAUCAAUAAUAGCCUGGGACACAAGAACUCCUACGUCCAUUUGGCAUCAAGGCUAUGGAAAUAAAGGUUCUCCAGCUGGAUUGAAGCUGACACCUGAUUCACAAGAGGUGCUGGUAGCAUUUGGAGAUGGCAGCUUUCAUAUAUUAGAUGUGCGAAAAGGUGGAACUUUACUCGCAAGCCACCAUUGUGAAACACCUCUCAGGUGUUGCGAAUCAGCUGGUCAAUUAAUUUUAGCUGGAAGUGCAACUGGAGCUUUGCAUGUCUGGCCAUUGGACAUAGAUCUAGUGAAUGGACUUGCUACUGGAAAGGAUCUUAAAUGUGCUCCUGUUGAUGACCAUAAUGAUGCAAUCAACUGCAUCUCAGUUUCCCACAAACCUUCAGAUUUGUUGAUGCAUGUUGCAACGGCAUCUGAGGAUGGCAUUGUACAAGUAUAUACUGUUUCCACUUGCAGUUAACCGCAUCUUUCCGUUAAGAAAUUAAGUUUCUUGUUUAACAUGUGGAUAUGUUUCUGCAAGCUUCAUUCAACUCCUUGUGCUUAUCAGCCAGCAUAUUGCUGCUUGAGCCUUUCUCUUCUUUCCAUGCAACAGUCCAAAUAACUUUACUCUAUGAAAUGUUAUUUGGACUGUUUCUGAUUUGUACAAAAUUAUUCUUAGUAGGGUGAAUUUCAUAUUUGUUAAAUUAUUAAACUGUAUAUUAGAUUUAUCAUGUGUAUAUUUGUAUUUUUCACCUUUGAUCUUCAAGUCUAGUCGCAUACAUGUAGCAGAUUAUAAAAAAAAAAUACCGAAAACAAAAUAUUUUCCCAGAAUACAGAAUUUGUAUAUACUAUGUGUUGUUUGUA